CACUUUAGCCCGCCCCAAUCAACGGUAUCAACUCGUGUGUGGAAAUAGGUCCGUGUUUUAGUUGAUGUAGCUAACGCAAGGGAGUACCUUUCGGAGAAUAAGAGGAUGCUUGGAGUUGUUUAUUUCUUUCGUCGAUUGUUUUUGGGGGGUUCCUCGAAAAGAGUGUGGAAAGGCUAGAGGAAGCCACAUCUAAUUCGGCGACAUUGACGUUCGCGGAACGCUGAGACAAGCACUUCAAGUCAAGAACAGAAUCCAGCAGCCCCAGCAUCGGACAGCUAGCUAGCUAGGUAGUUCGUAGUGGUUAGCUAUCCACCUCUGUUGAACAACAAGGUGUCCUGGAUAGUAUUAUACCAAGAUCGCAGAUUGUUAGUUUGCCAAUUAGGACAGGAGUGCCACGGAGACCCAUACGGGCCCAGUGGUGCAGCAUGUGAUGACCCACGCCCAGAACAAAGGUUCUCUUAGCCAGAGUCGCAGCACAGUGACGCGGGAACACUGCCCCCGAAGGCUACAUGGUGAGACCAUGGGCGGGGCCUGGCCUGAGCGCACGCUGCGAUUCGGCAGGACCAUGAAGAAGGGCGGGACGAAGCGAGGAAGGGGUGGGGUUAAAGAGAUGAUGGACAGGAGGGAGAAGACUCCGGAGCGGAAUAGGAGGCGGAGCAGGAAAUCUUAUCCCUUACGAGGAAGGGCAGGGGCUUCGGAGGAGGAGGGACUUAGCUGUCACGUUUUGCUCACCCGACUGGAGAAGGACAUCCGGGAGCAGGAGGACACCAAUGAGAGGGGGAAUGAUUCGCUCACUCAACCACCCGUCAAACCUGAAUCCCGGAGCAAGAAACUGGACAAAGGAAAAGACAAAGCCAAGGGGAAAUUCCUGGCGAAGAAGAUGAUACCAAAAACUACAUCUAAAUCAAAAACCCCCAGUGAUGAGCAGGGGUCGCCAUUUCCAGAGCCGCGUAAACGACGACUAGCUUCUCUCAACGCUGAGGCUGUGAACAGUCUGCUGUUGGAGAGACCCAGCGAGAGCCAGCCUGCUGCUAAACAGGCCAGGAGACAGCAGGAUGAGCCCACCAGCGGUGAGUCGUUCCUGGGGACAGAUCCAGCCAAGCGCGGGGUGGCCGGAGGUCCUAAUGCUCCAAGAGCCAGCAACAAGGCCUCCGCAUUGCACAAGCCUGAACCGUGCCAAAGCCUCAGGAAGGCCAAGAAGGUCCCCAAGAAACCGGCCAAACCAGACAGAGGACAGAAGAAAGAGACAGGGUUGAUGACUCUACAGAUGCUACACGCCCCUGCUCCCCGACGGCUAGCUGGACUCAACGCUGCCGCGCUGCUAAAGUUAACGAGCACUUCGGCGACUAGCAAACAGCGAGUGAAAACGACAUCAACGACUGCGACGAUGGACUGCAAGGCUACGAGCACCGCAUCAGUUGACGUGAAGCAGAAGCAACCGCAACAGCGACUGAUUCUUAAACCGUGCGGCCGCCAGCCUAAGCACAAGGGAAGGCAGUUGAUUCCAGAAGAGGUAGGCUGUUCUGCCUGCAAGAAGUCCAACUUUGAGCCCAAAGUAGAGUGGGAGUCUGGCGGUUGCACCCACCGGCUAACCAAACCAGGCUACCAGUCGCGCAGCAUGCUAGCCUACCCGCUGAAGCCCGUCGUCAAAGAGGAGCAUGUGGAGGCAGAGCUGAGCCCAUACUACUGCUGCCCGCCAGAGGGCUCUGUGGAGUACUGCCACCGCCUAGCCUUGUUCCUGGGUCAGCAGGCCUACGCCGACUCCGAAGAACGACCUUUAAACUCUGCCCUGACCUCUGUAAAACGGGAGUGCCUGGUGACGUCACCCUCCAUGGCCCACUCCCAUCCCCACUCUCACGCAGCCCUGACCCUCAGCCCCCACCCCUGCCUCUGCACCGCCGACCCUGCCUGCUUCUCCAGCUACUACGUCCACAUUGCCCAUCCCACACACCCCGGAGCGCCGUCAGCCAACCUCAGCUCGCGACCUCUGAACUUUGGCUCCUCGACGCUAUGUCCCGGCAGGGUGUCUGGCUCCAAGCUGCUGGGUCCUCCGGUGUCCCAUUCCUCGACGCUGGCCCAUCCUGCCUUCUGUGGCUCAGUGAGCAGCACGCCUUGCUACAGCGAGGCCUGCCGGGUCAGCGGCUACACCUACAGAGCCAUGCAGCCGGUCAACAGCAGGGGGUGCUCUUUCUCCACAGGCUGCUCUGGGUGUACACACAGCAUCAAGACAGAGGGUUACUCCUCCCCCCAGGGCGACCACAGCCCCUCCCUCCUGGUCUCUCCCGCCAAGCCCCGUCUCCUCACCCCCCUGUCUGACCGCAGCGUGCCCCAGGCCAGGCUGAAGCUGGCCAAGGAGUGCCCUCAGAGCUCCAAGCCCCCUAACGGCUCUCUGUCCAUGGGGAGAACCAGGCUGUCCCAGAAACAGCCAGCCCCGACACCCAGCCUGUCCCCCGCCAAGCAGAAGAGGGUCAGCCACCGACGGGCCACCAACGGGUGGCUGCCUGUAGGGGUGCCCACAGAGAAAGAAGUGUUCAUUGCGGGGGAGGACGAGACGGCCUUGCGACAGUGUUAUGAAGGAGUACAGAGAGACGGCGAAGUGAUACGUGUCCGAGACACAGUGCUGCUGCGCGCCGGUCCCCGGAAGAAGUCCCUGCCCUACGUCGCCAAGAUAUCAGCGCUAUGGGAGGACCCCAAAUCUGGAGAGCUGAUGAUGAGCCUGUUCUGGUACUAUCGACCUGAACACACACAGGGAGGCCGAGACCCCAGCAUGCACUGUGAGAAUGAGAUUUUUGCCUCUCGGCAUCAAGACGAGAACAGUGUGGCCUGCAUCGAAGACCGAUGCUAUGUUCUCCCACUAGCACAGUACUGUCGAUUUUGUGCCUUGGUGAAGCGGCGUGUGGACGGUGUGCCCCCUGGCACUGCCAGAGUGGUCCCCUGCCCCUCAGACUUCGACCCCCCCGACCACCGCCAGGUGCCCGCCAACAUAGACCCCGAACUGGUGUACCUCUGCCGCCACGUCUAUGACUUCCGUUACGGACGCAUCCUCAAGAACCUGCAGUAGGGGGCAGCAGAGGACAGACAGACACAGCCACCCGUAGUGGAGCACACACACUCCUACACAUGGGGCUGAAGGAUGAGAGGGGGAACCCCUGAAGUGUUUUGGGGGUCCCCUGAUUAACCCUUGACCCCUGAUAGGCACUCUGGUCAACUGGAGGGAGGGCGGCUGAAGGAUCAAUUAUUGGAGGGGGACCACUGAUAUCUGAGUCCCCAGAAUGGCGCUGAAGGAGUGGGUACUGAAGUACCUUACCCCCUUUUACAACUGUUACAAGGGAGGAGAAGUUUUGACCCCCUCAACUGGAACUACAACUGUACCGGCUUAGAGUGAAGGGAGAGGUGGAUUCUUUCAUAGAGAUCUGCUCCUCCACAGCACCUAAAGAGUCAACUGUCCUGGUUAACCAUGUCCUGCUAUACCAGGGCUCAUCACCAUAUGCAUGGACAGCCAUGUUGGUGACCUAACAAGACCAAGAACUGCACUACCAGAGCCAUACUGGGCUCAUCAUGACGUUGUUUUGAUGUUAGAGCCUGAUGUGAUGAUGACAAAGUUCUUCUUAAUUUGUGUUUGUCUCUGAGGCAGCUGUGAUCGAGAGGGCACUUGCAGCUUAAACACAUACACAAUUAGGGUUUAUGUCCCUGGCGUGUGUCAGACAGCGGUGUAUUGUGUGUGUGUGUGUUCAGUCUGACCACAUGUGUGUUCAGUCUGUUGGCUGCAGUGAAACCACAGGUGCAGGUUCACAAAGGAAGUGGAAGUCUCACCCUCCCCUCCUGCAUUGUCCGAACAGAACACGAUACACUAUUCUCAAGUACCUGCAGCUCUGGCUGAGUCUCAAAUCAUACCCUAUUCCCCAUAAAGUGCAUUACUUAGUAGAGAACUGUUACUGUAUAGCAGGGUUCCCCCCAAGUUUUCAGAUUUAAAAAAAAAUGUGUAAUUUUCUUUUUAAAUAAUGUUUGUUGUUGGACAUAAAAGACUGUAAA